UUCUCCGAGGAAACGCCUCGACUGAGCAUGGAGGGUCUUUUUGACAUUUCACCAUGAGCAGGCUGACAAAAGAAGAAGGCUCGGAGUCUACCUGCGCCUCGUUUUUGUUCAGAUUUGGAUUAGCGCAUUUUCAGGCAUGUUGUUGCAGAUUUGGGGGAAAGAGCCUGAAUUUUAACCUCACACCGUAUGCGCCGGCUACCUGCUCCUCAUUCCUUUACCUGCAAAAAUGACUGCAUGUCAUUCAGUUUCAUCCAAAGCCAUGGGGUUCACACGCCUCUCUCUGAUGCUGUUGGUCUCUAUCAUCCCCCUUGUUUCAGGUAUGAGCUUUAUGACUCCCGAGCCUGAUUCAGCACCAACAUCAACCCCAGACUCGUACCCUCUGGGUGACCUGAUCCACGCCGCCCUGCAGAGUAAGGAGUACUUAGGAGAGUCUUCUGCAGGCACAGGUACCACCACAAACCCGACGCAGGCCGUGCCUGGGCUUGGGCAGACCGAGUCCACUGCAACAGUCAUAUCACCAGGGCUGCUCACCACAGCUUUAAGCUCUUCUUCUGCUGCAGGACAGGCAGGAUCCAGGAAUCCCACUUCUUCCCUUCCUGUAGAGGAGGAGACAACCACCACUCUGAUCACCACCACCACCAUAACCACCAUGCACAUGCCAGUGCAAUGCAAUGCAACUUUGUCAGCAAUGGAGGAUGUUGUGGAGUCACCAGAUCCUGCAUCGACGUCAUCUUUCUCCCCUCUGGAGUGCACCUACAGCAUUACUGUGUACCCAGGUUAUGGUGUGGAGAUCCAGGUCAGGAAGGUUAACCUCUCUAAGAAGGAGUCUCUGACCAUCAUGGGCUAUGGAGGUUCUGGGCUGGAGCUCCUCGCCAACGAGACCUUGAUGAGAGAGGGUCAGGUGAUCCGCAGUGCAACCAAUCAGGUGUAUAUUCACUAUAGCAGCCUCCAGCAGAACAACCAUGGCGUGUUCAGCCUCCACUAUCAAGCCUUCCUGCUGUCCUGCCCAUUCCCGCUGUCUCCUGAAAAUGGCGGAGUGACUGUGACGGACAUCCAUCCUGGAGGCCAGGCUCACUUCCACUGUGAUCCAGGUUUCCAGGUCCGCGGCCAUGAGGUGGCCACAUGUGUGAACACGACACAGCCACACUGGAGCACCGCUGAGCCACACUGUGUCGCUGUGUCGUGUGGAGGAUGGGUUCGUAAUGCAACAGUGGGGCGGAUUCUGUCUCCUCCGCCUCCAUCUGUCAGUAACCAUAGUAAUGGAAAUAACCUGAGCUGUCAUUGGUUAAUUGAAGCCAAAGAAGGGCACAGACUCCACCUUCACUUUGAGAGGAUUGCUCUGGAUGAAGAUGAUGAUAAGUUAAUCGUGCGAAGUGGAAACAGUUCCUCGUCUCCACCGCUCUUUGACUCCGACCUGGACGACGUCCCGGAGCGUGGGCUGCUUAGCGAGAGCUCCACGCUGUACCUGGAGCUCACCGCUGACUCUUCCUCCAUCCCUCUGCUGCUGGCACUCCGAUACGAGGCCUUCGAUGAUGAACACUGCUGGGAGCCGUACAUGCCCCACGGAAACUUCAGCAGCAGUGACAUCACAUAUCAGCUGGGCACCACCGUCACCUUUGCCUGCUCUCCAGGCUUCGUCAUGGAGCAAGGUUCACCAACAAUUGAGUGCGUCGACCCGAGCAAUCCCCACUGGAAUGACAGCGAGCCGGUGUGCAGAGCUAUCUGCGGAGGCGAGCUGACCGAGCCCUCAGGUACCAUCCUGUCUCCUGAUUGGCCCCAGAGCUACUCCAAGGGCCAGGACUGUGUGUGGCAGAUCCAUGGCAAUGAGGAGAAACGCAUCGAACUGGACGUCCAGAUUUUGAACAUCCGCCACACUGAUGUGCUGACUGUGUUUGAUGGACGGGAUCUGAUGUCACACGUGAUUGGACAGUACCUGGGCUCCAGAGAGCGUUUCCAGGUCGUGUCUGGGGGGUCAGAGGUCACCAUUCAGUUUCAAAGUGACCCCGAGGAUUCCAGUUUCAUCCUAAGUCAGGGCUUCCUCAUUCAUUAUCGGGAGGUGGAGCCAAACGACACCUGCCCAACUCUCCCUCAGAUAGAGUUUGGCUGGAUCAGCUCGUCCCACACCUCCCCCGUCAGAGGAAGCGUGCUGACCUAUCAGUGCCAGCCGGGAUACGACAUCAGUGGCUCCGACAUUAUCACCUGCCAGUGGGAUCUGUCCUGGAGCAGCAGCCCACCCACGUGUGUUAAAGUCCAGCAGUGUCCUGAUCCAGGAGAGGUGGUGAACGGAGCACGCUCAGUGCGUCCUGAGGCCGGUUUUGCAGUUGGGACAGUCGUUCGUUUCUCCUGUAACCAAGGUUACCAGCUGGAGGGUCAGAGCCAGAUCGCCUGUCAUGGACGAGACACGGGGACCCCAAAAUGGAGCGAUCGCAGCCCCAAAUGUGUCUUAAAAUACGACCCGUGCCCGAACCCUGGAGUGCCUGAUAAUGGCUACCAAACCCUGUACAAGCACAGCUACCAGGCCGGAGAGACUCUGCGUUUUUUCUGCUAUGAGGGCUAUGAGCUGAUCGGAGAGGUCAUCAUCACGUGUGUUCCUGGUCACCCGUCUCAGUGGAACAGCCCGCCGCCCUUCUGCAAAGUGGCGUAUGAGGAGCUUCUGGAUGACCACAAAUUAGAAGUGUCCCAGUCAUUCGAGCCGUCCCAUCAGAUCCUGAGCGAGAACAUUGCGUUGGCAAUCAUUUUGCCGAUCAUCCUGGUCAUCCUCCUGAUCGGAGGGAUCUACAUGUACUACACAAAUAUUUGCAGACUAGAGUGGAAGCCGCUCUUCUGGAAGUCUCUGUCUCACACACACUCCUACAGUCCCAUCACGGUGGAGUCUGAUUUCAACAACCCUCUCUACGAGGCUGGGGACACACGGGAGUAUGAAGUAUCCAUUUAGGGCGGAAAUGUGGCGGUGAGAAUUAAAAACCCCAGAACGAUGAAAAUCUUUUGGAAACAAAUUUCUUAGUAUCAAACGGCCUCUCUCCCCUUUGAAUCAGCAUUUUUCUCUGUUCCACCAUGGUUCUAUCUCAGCGUCAUCUAUCAUGGCAGUAUGUUCUUUUUUUAUUUGUUGCACUGAUGUGGUCUGCCAAACGUGGGUCCUACUUCACAGUUUCACUCAGUGGGACCGGUGCCUUAAGAAGGGAAAGAUUGACAACAAAACAAAGAGCGUGGAAGGCGUAAGAACGGGAGAGAAAAAUAGGCUGGAAAGUGAUGGGUUUAUUAUCUCUUUAAAUUAUAAUGAGGCCAAAACAUCCAAGAACUUGGCAAUACUUUAUUUGUAACUCUAAGAGGUUACAAUCACAACCACACAGAAUGUUUUCUUCAUUUGUCCAUUUUUUCAAAAGCUAAAGUAUGGGGGACAGUCGGUUUAUUUUGAGUCGAGUUUUCCAUCGACAUGGUUGUUUCUCUUCUUCACUUGUCUCUCUCUCUCUGUGUAACACACACACACACACACAGAUUGAAUGUAAAUAUCUGACUUAAUAUUGAUUGAGGUUGAUAUAUGCUAAAUGAUAUAUAAGCCUCAUAUAAACACUUGUACAAGGUGUCAGGAGGUUAUAUAUUUUCAUUAUAUGUAUGUAAUGAAAAUUCAGUGCCAAAAUAAUAUAAUGUUCAAUAAUUUAAUGUCUCUAAGUGUUUCAUCUGUUGUUGCAAUCUGUUUACAAAGGCAGUGUUUCUUUUCUUCUUCGCUGUUUUCUGGCGUGCAGCGUCACCCAGCGUCACGACAUGUAGGACGGAGUGAGGACAUGAAUGUCAUUAUGCUUAAAGCAUGCACUGAUUGUAAAUUAUAUUGCUUCUGCUCAAUCUCGCCAUGCCAUCCUAGUUAUUGACAGCCAUCAUUGUUCUCAGAUUUGAUGUUGUAUGCACUAUGUUGAUGAAAAUUACAAACUUGGCUGCUUGCUGUGAUGCAUUCUGUAUUUAUUUAAACUGAUUGUUUCAGCAGUGAAUGUGCCGUCAUUCGCUGUGCCAAACGAAGGAUCUUGGAGACUGUUGCUUUGUAGAAUUAAUUCUUCUCUUAUCAUCAGUAGCAUUUCUUUGCUUCAUAUAUGAAUACACUCUUUUGAAGGCAGUAAACUAAAGCUGAACUGGAAAUAAAGUCUCUGUUGA